AUGAGGUUUCCCCCAUGGCCUCGUUUGGCUAGCCUGUCUGCAGUUUCAAUUUCUUUGAUUUCCACAUGCGCUGGGGUUCAAACAAAUUUGAAAGUAUGUCUGCAUGAUGGUGUAACUGUUGACCUUCUGGGCUAUCAUCCUAAUAAUAUAAGAUUUGUUACUGAAACUUCUCUGUAUGAUGCCAAGGAAAUCUAUGUGGUCUUACAAAAUGACUAUCGGAUUUCAAGAAAUAUUCGUGCUGAAUGGUUUUUCAAGAAUCUCAAUAAAAAUCUCACUAUAAAAUGGAAAACCUCUCAGGAUGAAUGUUCAAAUGAAAUUGAAGUCAUUUCAGCAAUUCCAAAAUAUCGGGAAAAUUAUGCUGUUGAUGCAGAAACAGGACGUUCUACCAUUAAAAUUGUGCCUGAUACGCGAAUGAACUUUUUAUCAACUCAAUAUAGAUUAGUGUUUUGUUUAGAUUUGAGUUCCUCUGUUGCAACAAUUGAUGUUCAGCAUGAUUGUAUAUAUUUUGAGGAAGUAUAUUCAGCUUUAGAGCAAAGUUUGAAGAGUGUUUGUGAGCCUUUCUAUGUGCCAAAUAGUCGAUAUUUUUUUGUACCUCAGAUUUACAUAACUGUGAUAGCUCACAUUCCAAACUGUCCUACUGCUGUUCCUCAGGUUCUUAUGCAAGGAUGGAUUCUUACUCGAAGUAAUGUUCGUGAAUUAUUGGACAUUUUAAGAAAAGAACUGAAAGCUAUGUGUAAAAUUGUUGCUGAUGUUUCUGCAAGUGUUCAAGAAGAGCAAGUUCAAUUCAUGAUGUCCCACGAUUCUGCUGGUGCUUUGCUUGAUGGUACGAUAGAUGGAAAUAAAAUGAUAAAAAAGGUACUAGACAUGUCAGCUGAUGUAAGCUCAUUAAAAUUGAUUCGAUGCGGUAUAUUAGCAUUACAGCUGUUGCCUGAAAAUAGCAGUGCAGGCAUUGUUGUAAUAACUGAUGGAAUUGUAAAUUUGCCAAAUUGUAAAGCAUUAGAUUCUUUACUGACCCAACUGCGCAAUAGCACAAUUGCAUGCUCAUUUUUACAACUUGGUAGUCCAUUUCAUCCAUUUUCAUCAUUUGGAAGAGUUCCAUAUCAAGAACUAAUGGAGUUUAUUUCAACAGCCACUUGUGGUGCCUACUUCCCUGCUUCAAAAGACAUAUUAAUUCAUUCUGCUGCAAAUGAAAUCAAUGCUUAUCAUAAAGCGUUGCUGAUUUGGAAUUUCCAGAAAACCACAACCUCCUACUUUUUGGAAGCUUAUGAACCUUCACCUAAUAAAAAUGAUUACUGGCAUGUUGAGAAUCCUCACUUUUAUACUGUUGCUCAUCAAUCACGUGUUAGAAAAAAGCAUACUGAAGGCACGUUAAAAGUCAGCUUGGAAAAUCUGUUGUCAUGUCGUUUGAGAGAAGGCUAUGCAGUGAAAAAUGUUGUUUUUGAUGAAGGCAAGAAUUUAGCUGAGGUUAGACUAGUGCUUCCUUGGAUGAUGAGUACUAAUAUUGAAUAUUUAAUCACUUCUGCUCCAGGAAGGCAAUGCUCCAUUUCUGAAAUUCCCAGUUGUCACUUUGAGGUUAUUGUUGAUGGGUGUUAUGAAUUUUUACAUGAUGUUACAUGCUCGGAUAAAAAGCCAAUAAAGAGUAUUUACCGCAAGAUCGUAAUUGCACAGUUUUGGAAUUACAGUAAAAAUUUGUCUAAUACUGAUCAGAUAUUGUCUCAGCUUUAUUCAUUCUCCCAUAAUUCUGUAUAUUACACAAUACCAGAAAGCAUGAAAAAUGGAGUGCCUUUGUUUUACUUUCCUACAAAUUCAUCAAUGCCAGUUUUGUCGUCAAAAAAUGUUGCAAAUAUGCAGUUUACUUCAUUUUGGAAGCCAUUAUGCAUGCUGGACAUCAAUGUUUGGCAAAAAUGGAUGCAUGUUCAUAGAAUUGGAAUUAUUUUACAUCAUGAUAUGCCUCUUCCAAAAAAUCUUCACCUUCCAAAUUCAAGUGGUAGAUAUGUUCCCAUACAAUGUCGGCAAGCUAUUGCAAUUUUGAAUUCACUGCUGAGUGAAUAUAGUUCUUUUACCCUGGUUGAAAAUCACUCUUACAUUAGACUUUUAUUUGAUGAAGUAGACAGACCUCCUGUAUCUUUUUUUGUAAUACGUGUAACCAGUAAACCACCAUGCGUUGUCAUCCGUCUUGCUUUUUUGGGAGGUUUACCAGGAUUACUACGAUGUCAGAUUGUAAGAGAUCUUCGUGAAAAGAUUUUGAAUCUGAAAUUAACUAAGAGAGCUACGUCUAAAGAUUCAAGCCAGUUAUGUAAGCAGCAACCUCUGAGCUUCCCAGAAACUUCAUGCUGUUUCUUUUUAAAGAAACCUGUUGAGAAAGUGCUCAUACGGUAUGAAAAGCUUCCCGUAAAUUACCUAGUCUCAGUGCCAGAAAGUCAGUUCAGUUUGAGAGGGGUUCCGAUAUCUCCAAAGCAUACAGAUUCUUAUUUAUAUGUUGAUGCUUUAAUCACAUUAAGCAAAUACUUAGAACAGCAAAGGUGGAUAUGGACAUUGCAGUAUGAUGCAAAUACAUCAUUAGCUUUAGCAUCAGCAUCGAAAAUUCUGUACACUUUAACAAAUGCUCGACUUCAAGAAGGUUUUCACUUUGCUCACUCAAGUUUUGGCAUUAUUUACUUAGUUCAAGAAAUUCCUAUGGAAGUUCCAAAAGAUGGAAAGUUUGAAAAAAACUCAAUUCAAAACAGUGAACGACAUUGCUGUGUUGUGCAGUAUAUUUUAUUUCCACCUCAUACCAAUACUACCUUGCAGGACAGCAUAUCAGAUGAUGAUGAAAACGAGCUAACUGAAGCUGACGGAGAACUUCAGAUUAUUACUGAGUGUUGGGUUGAACCUCAGUUUGGAAAGACAAUCUUAAAUUCUAAGUCUAAUUACCUAAAUAAUUUGUCAUUUCCAGAAAUUCUUUCUGCUAUACAUAAAAGAGAUUUGGAAAUCAACAUUGUUCUAACAACUUUGGAGCAUUUAUGUUCACUUUGCCAGAAAAUUAAUAAAACAUCACAUCAGCAAUCUGCACUUGAAACUACUAUUGAGAACACAACUGUAUUUCCUCAGUUACCAUUCUCUGUGUCUAUUCCAACAUUCCUUACUUCUCAGAGUAACUCUCGCUCUGCUCAUGCAAAUACAUAUGUCAUUCCCUAUUGCUUUGAUCUGAUGAGUUUGUUGCCUAAAAGCCCACAAACAGAAAUAAUAUUUUCAGCACUUCAUGAAGGUCAAUAUGCAAAUGAUUUUGUUCCCAAUGUUUCCAAUUCCUUUGUUGCUGAAAAAAAUGGAGCUGAACUGUGGCAUUGCAAGUUAGGACACUCUAGAAAUCAUGUUCUGAGCAAAGUAGGAUUACCAACAAGUGUCAAGCAGUGUACUUUGAGCUUCAAAAAUGAUGAAGCAGUCGUUGAAAAUGGAAAUUUAAAUUUUGUUUUGUGCAAACUGAAUUCAAUAGGUCAAUAUGCAAAUGAUUUUGUUCCCAAUGUUUCCAAUUCCUUUGUUGCUGAAAAAAAUGGAGCUGAACUGUGGCAUUGCAAGUUAGGACACUCUAGAAAUCAUGUUCUGAGCAAAGUAGGAUUACCAACAAGUGAUAUAUUUUGUAAAAAUUCUGUGUUAGCGAAACAAUCUGCAAAUCCUAUAGAAGUAGGAAACCGAAAGAGAGAAAAAUUUUCAAUGAUGACAAUUCACUCUGACCUAUGCGGUACGCUCAACUCACCAACUCAAGCGGGUGAAAGACAAAAAUUAGAUCUGAAAUCUAAACGAAUGAUCAUCAUUGGAUAUUUUAGUAUGAGAUAUCAAUUAAUGGAUCCUGAUAUGCAUAGAGUUAUUGUGUCACGUAUUGUUCGCUUCAAUGAAAACAAAGUAUAUGUGCAAGAUAGAAGUAAUUCAACAGACGAGCUCUCCAAAAGAGAAGAAAAAGACGAGGAAAAAGGAAAAGGAGUCCCUGCAGCAUCCCCGCGCCGGUCAGAAAGAGAAACUUCAAGCGAUGUGAAUGCUGAAGAGAUUGGAGGAAAUGACAUAAUGUUUAAUUUCCUUGCUGAAAACCAAAAGUGUUUCCAUGAUCAAGAAAUUCAAUUAACAUUAUCUGAUUGUUUAAGAUUUCUCUUUCAAAUUCAUCAUCGGAAACGACACCUUGUUGAUCAUCCUACUGUACCAUUUCCGCAUCCUCGUAUUAGAUUACCGAAAGAUUCUCCUGGGUUGAAUCUUUUCAUAAAUGAUGCAGACUGUGAAGUUUGUGGAGAGUUAAGUUAUUAUCCUCAAGAACUUUUGGAUGAAGUUGAAAAAUUAGAAGUUCCUAAAUGGAGAUGCUUCAUCAAAGGGUGUUCUCCUUCCCAUAUUAUUUUAACACUGAUGCCAGCUACGUUUAAAGAUGUCAGAAAACUACAUCAUCAAAUUCUUCCAAUUGAGCCUACAUCAACUGUUGUUGAAAAUGAAAACAAUGCUGUACAGACUGACACGCAUGCUGUUUCUAAUGUUGCUGAACUAGCUUCUGACUUCUCAAGAUCUGAAGAUGUCAGCACAACAGAAAUUUGCGAACCAGUAACUGAUUGUAAACAGAUUGUAGUGCCUGAAUAUCACUCACUUCAUAUUCCAGUUUAUGUGUACAGUUGUUCCUCCUCUUUAAUUGUUGACCAGUUGGUGCAGCAGAAGGAAAAUGCAAACAUCAAAGACCAUUAUGAGAAACAUACUUUUGAUUAUGAGACUCUGAACUAUGAUUUAAAUGUUCAUCCUGGAGAAAUUGUCUUUUUAGGGAAGCUUGAGAGUGAUAGUGAUUCCCCUCAUCCAAGAUAUAAAGAUGAUUCAGACAACAAAAUUAUGAAGCAGCAUUGUUCGUUUCUAGACAAGUCCUUCUCCAAAGCAUUUGUGUAUGGUGUUUACAGGUCAUUAACAAUGGGGUACAAUGUUCACAAUUUUGAUGCUGUUGCAGCAAUAGAUGGUAUUUGUGAAGAGUCCUUGUUGGAAAUUGACAUUACAGAAUUUGUUUACAUGAUUUGUGGUCAUGUGAAAGAUUUCACUACAAAGAAUUCUGUACGGCAUCUGCAUUUGUCAAAUGAAGAAGAUGACCCCACUGCAUAUGAUAAUAAAACUGAAACUGAAAAAACACCUGAAAAAUGUCUCUUCCCCUUAUCUCUUCUGCAAAAACAUCAGCCGUGUGAAGAUCUUCAUCAAAAGCAUCUCAAUAUAAAAGAAAAGUUUUCUGCUAUCAUUGAAAAUUCCUUUAAAAUGAUUCCAUCAAGAAAAGAUUACUUUUUCUUUGAUCUUGGUCAGGAUGAUGCUGAGGAAACUUCCAUCAAACUUGAUGGAGAAGAUAGCCAAGAAGAAGAUGCUUUACUAGAAAGUGUUGUUUCUUUUGAAGAAGCUGGAAAUGAUGUGGAUAAGAUCAGUAAUGUUUGUGAUGAAGAGACAAGUUUGAAAAGCUGCUUAAAUACAGAAUCGUCUUUUUCAUCAAUAGACAAAGAUACCGAUCAUGAUUCAGUUCAUGACAAAUUAGUUUGCCCUCCAUUAUUUGUUCAUUUCUCAUGCUCUAUACGAUCAUCAAAGCAAGACAUUAAAAGUUAUCCUUUGAUCUCAUUGCCUACCUGUCUUAAUGAUGUUAUACAAUGCUUGGAUCCAAACACUCAAGAAAUAAACUUGGAUGAUCUUCGGAUAACACUAGAUAUCACGUGUCUAACGGUUCCUAGUGAUAUAGAAAAUCCAGAAAUAGCAAAGCAGCGUGUAUAUACUACUUCUUUCAGUAGCAGCUCUCCUAUUCCAGAAGCAGAAUGCUACCAAAAAGACCAAUCUUCAGAGGAUGACAAAGAAAGCAAUUCUUCAGAUGUACCUUCUGAUACUUUGCAAGGUGGUUCUCUGCAAAAUUUACCCUCAUUUCAAAGAGAAGCUGUUUACAAGUGUGUUGAAAAGGUUAAAUGGUUGCUUCAAGAUGAAAAAGCAUCAGUUGCUCUCAAUUCUUAUCCUAUCACAUCAGAAGUGUUAACUAUGGUCAUUAACCAUGUUAAAUCAUCUAAAAACAACCAAAGUUGCACGAUUAAAGAAGUCCCUUUGAAUUUUGUGUUUGGUGCUGAAAACAGUCUUGACAAAUUUCUUCAGGCUUUUAAAAGAAUGUCUCCAAUUGGCUAUCGACUAAAUUCAAUUAAUGACACUUAUUAUCUUGUGUUGGAUCCAGAAUCAGGUAAAAUAAUUAGGCAUCCAUUUGGCUCCCUGGAUCCACCUCUUGGAAUUGCCCAUAAGUUUCAAAUGAUAAGGCAAAAUCCUCACGGUAGUGAUGGUACUGAGCUGAAGAAACUGGAAGAAGAUACAUCUGUUUUUGCUGGCAGCGAAUAUUCUUUUUUGCAGCCAAAAGUGAACAAUGACUGUUUGAGACAAGCUUUCCAAACGCUUCAAACUGAAGAUAGUGAUACUGAUGAGAUUGAUACAUUCAGGCCUAAAAUGAAAUUCCAUCGCAAGAUUUCUGCUAAAAGAUCAAGUUGCACAUUUCACAUUAAGAGAAGACCACAUACGAGACUGAUUCUGUGGAAUGAUGAAAAAUAUUCAUUAUUAGAACGCCCGCAUACUGCUCCUCCCGACCUUUCACCUUUAAAUUUUAAAGUUUAUCAUAAGGACAAGUCAAGUCGAUCCAUUAAGCAAAAUGAGAAUCGUGAAUAUGUACAGUCUUGGAAUAAUGAGGUUAGUAAGCAAUUUGAAGGAACUUCACCCAGUGCUUUGACAGGACCAAAAGACUUACUAUCAGAUGAGAGGUUAACAAAUAAAGGGAAUCCCCCUGACAAUGCUGGCUCUCCAGCUAUUUGUAGUGAAACAGAAUGUGGGAGUUUCCAGUUCAGCAAUACUGAAGAUGGUUAUGAUGGGGAUAGCAGUGAUUGUGGAAGUGACUGGGAUUGGCUCAGUACCGUUGAUACUCAAAGACCACUUUUACCUAAGUUUUGGUUGAUCAUGAAUGUUUGUAACAACAAAGUGCUAUUUUAUUUUCAUAUGAGGGAACGAAAUGACCUUGAUGAAGAACUAAUUUGCUGUAAAGAAAUAUUAAAUGAGGUGGUUGCAAUUAUUGAAAAUAUCUGCAAAGAAGUUAACCAGGUUUUAUUAUUGCAAAACUUAUAUGAAACACGAAUGUGCAAUCGACUCCUUGUGCCUGAAGGCAGUGAGGAUUUAUGGAAAGAUAAAGAUUUAAGUUUUCAUCCUGCAAUUAUUGGCGAAGAUCCAGAUUUUGAAGUUCAAGAUAAAUACCUGGAAGCAACACUAAAACUUGAGCCGGGUGCAUUUGAUUGCCCUGUUGUCUGGGUAACUCAUUUUAAAUUGCAUCAUAGACUUAUUUCUUGUCCUCAAGGAAAUAUGAAAUCAUACGGGCUUCAAGCGUUGAGAUCAGUGCUGAAUACUUUUUCUGUGAACAACAGAGAAAAUAUGUUUGUUUACCAAGAAGAAUCUGGUUCUGUUUUCUAUCUUAGGUUAUUUGAAGAAAUUUGUGAGGAAAAUCAUUCAUCUUGCAUCUCUAAGCAUGAGGAUAAUUUGUCUUUGAUGGGCUCUUGCUGUUCAUCUUUACAAAGUCUACCCCAAAGAAAGAAUUAUAAUGAAUCAGAAACUGAAAUCGACUUCCGGCCACGCGUUAAUUCUGGAGCUUCUGAUGGAUACCGCCAAGAUUCUCUUUCAACAACUUCAAGGAGACUUCAAAAGUGUGUGGCUCUUAAUGUUCAUGGUAUUGGAGAAGUAGGCACAGCAAUUAAAACUGAUUUGGUUCAAGUACUGCAAAAUCGUCUGAAUGAUGGAAUUUUAGACAUCAUAAUUACAAUGUUAGCUCGGAAUCCACUAUGCAUGUUAACUCCUGAAGAUGUUCAAUUCAUUCAAAACCCAAAUAGUGCACCAACUCAUGAAAUGCAUUUUACUUUACCUGUCAAGCUCUUGGGGUAUGCCCACUCUGUACACAUUUACCUUCGUCAAAACUUAUUACAGUUUUUGUAUAAUCCCAAAUAUACAGACAUAAGAAGGGAAAAUCAUUUUAAAGCAUAUUCACACAGCCCCAUAGAAUGGAGUCAGGUUGAUGAUAAUGAUAUUUUCUUGUAUCACUGUCAACCAGCAUCUGGUUUACUUGGGGGAAAAGGUAUUUCGUGCAUUGUUCUUUCAUUGGUGACAGGCCAAGGGGCUCCAUAUCAAACCCUUAACAAUUUACCACCAGAUCCUUCUGCCUAUCAGGAUGCUUUGUCAGAAAGUGAAUUUGAAGACCUUACAUCCACCGUGUUAUAUGCUCCCAAGAAAGAAAAAUGUCCUGGUCCUGUUGCUCUAAUCCGAUUUCAGAUUUGGAGUGUUGGAAAAGAUGCCAAGGAACUUAUAGAAAAUCGUCUUGCUAGCGCAGUCCGUCAUGCAUUAUGGGAUAUUUUGAUGGAAUAUCAUGCUUUAACCUGUCCCAUUUCCGACUUUUCCUAUCUGGAUGAUUCUUCAUGUUACAGUGAACCAACCACACCUAUUAAAGUGCGAAGAGCUGGUACUGCUGGAAUUGAUGCUAACCUCCAGUCAAAAGAUUUUCAUCCUUCUACAAGCUUUCAAACUUCCAAAGAAAUGUCUUCUUCUGUUCCUGACAUUAGCACCAAAGUACAUUCUCCACCUUCAAUGUUAAAAGAGAUUUCUAUUUUUAAGUUUGGAAAUGGUCCUCAAUCAGCAAAGCCAGAAUUCUACACAGAAACAUCAACUCCAAUGACCUCAGUGUCCCCCAAAUCCCCAAAGAUUGAUAAACAAAGCCUCAAUUCUGCAUUUCACACAAUCAUGAAACCAUUGCUGCACUUUGGCGAUAGACUUGGCUGUCCUGCUUUGUUGAAGCAUACAUAUGUUCUACCUUCAAGACAUUCCAUUGUGAUUGUUUCAAAAGAAAUUCAAAAUAUUAUUAAAACUGUUCUUCGUGAUAUAUUUCCAAAAGUUUAUGUACAAGCAUCAAGUGGUGCAAAUGCAGAUUAUGAAUAUAUACCAUUUAGCCCAUAUGCUAAUGCUGGUGGUGAAAUAGAGGAAUCCAAGCCAGGAACUGUUAAAAAUUUCAUCAUAAUUGGUAGAAAUGAAAAGCAGUGGAAAGCCUACAUGGGACAAGGAGAUUUUUUGAAAUUUCAAGAAAUAAAUAAUGAAAGUCUAAGAACAUACCAAAAGUAUCAAACCCAUGUCUGUUGUCGUCGAAGCUCAGAAACAUUUACUGAUUCUCUUCCGAGUUCUCCUACUUCAUUUAGCAAGUCUCACAAUUCUCUUGUUAGUUCCAGCUUUAAAACACAAAGUAUGAAUGCUUCUGACCCGCCAAUAAAACCUGCUAUGAACUUUGUUCCAAGACAGAGAUUAUUUUUAAUAUAUGUGGAUGAUAAAAAGAUUACACUGUUUUUGUACAAUUGGUCACAAGACAUAACUCAAACCUUAAUACAACAACUUACAAGUUUAGUGAAAUGGCAUGAACAACGUAAUAGUUUUAUAAAUAACAUCCUUCUGCAAAAACUUGGUUUGUUUUAUGGCUUAUCUACUUUAAGUCGCACAAGUGUUGACAAAAGUGGAAAGGAAGAGAAAAGCAAAGUGUCUCGAGAAAUAAGAGAAUCGCUUGAUGAUUCCCUUACAUCUGCUCUUAGUUACAUGGAACAGUUAAUUCAUAGUCAUAACUACACUAAAGAAAGCCAUAGUUCUUCAGCUAGUUCUAGAUCAUCCAGUAUCAGUGUUAAGCCUACUUAUAUUAUGAGAAACUUAAAAAACUUGAGACCUCCUGUGCCCUUUCAUUUAAGUUCCAGUGCAAAUAUUAAAGACCCUGUUACUGCUCAUGGCUCUCAAUUCUUGGAAACUAUAACAACUCAAAGAAGAGGUGUGUACAUGCAAGUUUUAAAUCAGAUGUGGAAGAGUAGAGGAUCAAGCGUAUACUAUCCUUUUGAAAGAGUUUUCCAUGAACUAAAAAGGCUGGCUCGUUUAAGUCAUUAUUGCUUGACUCCAUUGCUAUUUAGCCCUUCCUGGCGCUGGAAAGUUGCUCCUAUUCGAGAUCAUGCUUUAGAACCUCUUGAACAGACAAUGCCAGUGACUGAAAAACCAGCUGAAUCUGGGAUUUUUAGUAGGUCUCGUCAUAGCUCUGGUAGUAGUAUAAAAAACAGCGACACUUCUAAUAGCAGCGGAAGUAGUACUUCUUCAAGAGUGCGUCGCAUGAGCGGUGCAUUUCCAGGAUCCAAUCAAAGUUCUCCAAAGCUCAGAGCUAAGACUCCUUCUGAAGAAACUUGGCACAAUACUGUCUGCCGGCAUUACUUACAGGAAUAUGUUCAGUAUUUGCACACAAUUGGAUUUAUUUCCUUGCGAACUGAACCUUCCUCCCAAAGUAAAAAAAGUGUUGGAAAUGACGAUGACAAACUAUCUCGCAGUGAUUCCUUUUCUCUACAUAAACAUAACAUCAGAGGGCAACAAGUGUUUUACCUCAUAAAAUCUCUACUAGGAGGGCUUCUAGUCUUUGAAAUAGGUCUUGCUGAUCCUUAUGCUUAUGGACAUUUAUAUUCCAUUGAAUGUUCAAGGUUUAACAACUCUUGUAAUCUAAGGACUCUAAAUUCUCAGUUUGCAGCUGCAUUCUUAGAUGAAUUAGAUAAAGUGAAGCUUCUCAUGCAUUUGCACUCAUUUACAUAUGACUAUCAUUUGAGGACCAUUCAUUCCUAUAUUUCUGGUCGCCAACUCAUUUUUCGCCAUGGCUAUCAUCUAACUAGCUUCCUUGAUGACUUCAUUAAGUACUAUCAGAAAGUUCCCACUGGAGCUCGUAACUUAUUAUAUGCCGGAACUUUAACUAUACCAGAUAUAAACAUGUCAGGAAGUCAUCUAUAUAACUAUAUAAUCAGCCACAAUAUGCUUUAUGGUAUGACUGUAUUGAGGAUGGUACCUGUUAUGGUGGACAGUUCCUCUAAUAUAGACACAGAGUUUGCCCUGAUUGAGCUGUCUGCACAGAAAGCAUCCUACAAAGAUUUUAAUGAUAUUUGUCAGAUGGGAAACUUUGAUGUUGGUCUUCUUAUUAAUCACAACACUUCAGAACUGACUGCUGAUCCUAACUCAUUAGUACUAAAUUACUAUAUAAUUCUAACUAGUCAAAGGGAUCUUUAUCCUAAACUGUCUAAUUUUGGUGCUACUUUGGGAUCAUUCCAAACUGUUAGAUUUGGAUCCAUGCAGUCUUUUAAUCAAUACUCUUCUCGAAAGACUCGUCUUGGAGCUGUGAUGACAGAGAAGGAAAAAUUUGAAUCAAGUGGGGAGGAAUCAGUAAAUUCCAAUGACUCUAGAUCUAAGAAAAGUGUUAUUCGCGGAAUGUGUGAUGAAGAUGUUACGUACUUAGGCUAUUACAGUAGUCAAGAAACGAUGAUGCAAAAAGUCCUUAGUCAAAGAGCAGAAGUAGCACAAAAGCAUCUUAAAGGAGUAGUCCAUCGUGCAUCCAUCCAUUGCCGCAGAGAUUCACUCUGGAGUACAUUGUUGCCUCGAUCAUUGAAAGAUGAUAAUAGUAGCAAAGAUUACAGCUCUUUAUCUACCUCAAGCUAUGCUGAUUUUGCUGAACUUUUAGACUUGGUAACCGUAAUGCCACUUAAUGAUUUUGAUGACAAGCUGAGCCCUUUUAUGAAUAUGCAUAUCUCAUGGUACGUCACUUUAGCACCCGUCUUGAAAACAAAGUAUGUAGAUACUCACCGAGAAUAUAUUUCACCCGAUGGCAAUUCCAUUUACGUGGUUGUUACUGAUGCUCAAUGCCCAGAUUCAUUUUUGCUACUAACUAUUGAUGCACACAUGAACCGUACAGAGCUUGGUCUAGUGUUUAGAGAAUUUUCUGCUGAUGUAGAGCAUAACGAUGAUAAGCCAAACCAGAAAACAGCUGCUUUGCAUUCAUUAGUCGAAGGCUUUGUCAAUGCUUGUUCUUUUCAUCUGUGGACUUGUAUGCUAUAAUUAUAUUCUUUCAAAUGUAUACAUUUAUAAAUA